UUCCUCACUGAAAAAACCCUAAACCCUAACCCCCUCGAAUUUCAGCUCUCCUUCCCCUCUCUCUCCACCGCCGAUUCUGACAGUUCUAGAGAGAGAAAGUGAGGAUUCCACGGACAAAGUCGAAGCCCUAAACGCCGCCGUUUCGAGUGCUCGAUGGCGCUUUACCUGCUCUACGAAUCAGCUUCAGGCUACUCGCUGUUCCUCGCUCAUGGCAUCGACCAAAUCGGGCAGAACACCGAGGCGGUCCGGGGCUCCAUUUCGGACAUCAACCGGUUCGGGAAGGUGGUCCAGCUCGCAGCUUUCGACCCAUUUGAGUCGGCCCUCGAUGCCCUUAACCAAUGCAACUCAGUCUCUGAAGGGGUUAUGACCGAUGAACUAAGAAAAUUUUUGGAAAAAAACCUCCCACAAGUCAAGGAAGGUAAGAAGCCAAAGUUCAGUUUGGGAGUUUCCGAACCUAAGAUCGGGUCACACAUAUUCGAAGAGACUAAAAUUCCAUGCCAAAGUAAUGAGUUUGUCCUUGAGUUGAUUCGUGGCGUGCGAUUACAUUUUGUUACGCUCCUCAAGAGUCUAAAGCCUGGGGACUUAGAGAAAGCCCAGCUUGGUCUAGGGCACAGUUACAGCAGGGCCAAGGUCAAGUUCAAUGUCAACCGUGUUGACAAUAUGGUGAUUCAAGCAAUCUUCCUUCUAGAUACCCUUGAUAAGGAUAUCAAUUCCUUCUCCAUGAGAGUCAGAGAAUGGUACUCUUGGCAUUUUCCUGAAUUGGUGAAGAUCGUCAAUGACAAUUAUCUCUAUGCUAAAGUGUCAAAAUAUAUUAAAGACAAGUCAACACUUUCUGAAGACCAUCUAUCAGAUUUAACCGACCUUGUUGGAGAUGAAGAUAAAGCAAAGGAGAUUAUAGAAGCCGCCAAAGCAUCCAUGGGGCAAGAUUUGUCUCCACUAGACUUGAUGAACGUUCAGCAAUUUGCACAGAAGGUGAUGGACCUAGCUGAGUACAGGAAAAGGCUUUAUGACUAUCUGGUUUCUAAAAUGAGCGACAUUGCACCCAAUUUGGCCUCUUUAAUUGGUGAAGUAGUUGGAGCGCGUUUGAUUUCUCAUGCUGGUAGUCUUACAAAUUUGGCUAAAUGCCCUUCUUCUACCCUUCAGAUCCUAGGCGCAGAAAAGGCUCUCUUCAGGGCACUAAAAACCAGGGGAAACACACCCAAAUAUGGACUGAUAUUCCAUUCAUCUUUUAUUGGUCGAGCAUCCGCACGGAACAAGGGCCGAAUGGCUCGUUAUCUUGCAAACAAGUGCUCUAUUGCUUCUCGCAUUGAUUGCUUUGCAGAUAGUAGCAGUACUGUGUUUGGGGAGAAGCUUCGUGAGCAAGUUGAGGAGCGACUUGACUUUUAUGACAAGGGUGUUGCACCUCGCAAAAACAUUGAUGUCAUGAAAUCUGCAAUUGAGAGCACUCAAAGUAAAGACACAGAGAUGGAAACAGAGGAAGCUUCCGGGAAGAAAAGCAAGAAAAAGAAAUCAAAAGCUGCAGAUAAUGGUGAUGCUAUGGGUGUGGAUGAACCAGGUGCCACUACAAAUGGAGAUGCCCCCGAGGGUAAGUCUGAAAAGAAGAAGAAGAAGGACAAGAGAAAAUUGGAUCAGGAGGAUCAACCCAUGGAGGAUGCGAAUAAUGAACAUGCCGAGGAGGAUGGAACAGCCAAGAAGAAGAAGAAGAAGAGCAAACAUGAAAAUGGAGACGAUAUACAGGCUGCCAGUGAUGUCAAGAAGAAGAAGAAGAAGAAAUCAAAAAGUGAAGACAGCGACUAAAUUACAAUCAACGUUGUCAUUGGCACUCGAGGGGCAUGUGGAUAUAUCCCGGCUUGCUGCCAAUAUGUUGUUUUGAUAUCUACAGUUUUUGUAGUAGGAUUCUACGUUAUCAGUAUAAACCAUGUUCUAAUACUCUCUAUGUAGUAGUAACCUUUCUAGUUGCACUUUUAUCCCAAGUUGAAUUUAAUAUCAUCGGUUUUUUUUGCUGUUUCUAUGGCUGUCAGGAUCAAGUUUUGCAGACAAUAGAAAUUGAAGUUCAAUGUAGCUUUUCGACAAUGAUUUAUAAAGCUCUGUGUUUAUGGUUA